GUAUAUAUAACCACAUGGAUAACCCAGUUACUAGCAAUCCAAGAACCACCAAUUUUCUGAUUCUUAAUUCCCCAUCAUGACCAUAACCAACCAAGUAUUACUUGCAUUGCCUCUUGCUCUUGCUCUUGUUUUCGUCUCAAUUAGUGUAUGUCCAACUUCAGCACACCAAAAUCCAGAAUUUGUGAAAGCAAAUGAUGAACAUUAUUUGCCAACAGAGAAACUCGAUGCUGAAAGCAACUUAUUGACUUAUAUUGUUCGUGUUAAAAAGCCUCAGGAUGAUGAUGCUCUUCAGUCCAAGGACCUGCAAAGUUGGUACCGUUCCCUUCUGCCAGCUAGUGCAAAAACUGAGAACCAGCAACGCAUCACUUUCUCAUACCGCAACGUGGUGGAUGGAUUUGCCGUGAAAUUGACCCCAGAAGAAGCCAAAGCUCUUCAAGAGAAAGAGGAGGUUGUGUCAGCCCGUCCUGAAAGGACCUUUUCCUUGCACAUUACUCACACUCCAAGCUUCUUGGGGUUGCAACAGGGACUAGGAUUAUGGUCCAACUCCAAUUUUGGCAAAGGCAUCAUAAUUGGAAUUCUUGAUACAGGAAUAACGCCUGACCACCCUUCUUUUUCUGAUGAAGGAAUGCCAUUUCCACCAGCAAAGUGGAAUGGCCACUGUGAAUUCUCAGGCCGGAAGAUUUGCAACAACAAGCUCAUUGGUGCAAGAAACUUUGUCAAAAACCCUAAUUUAACCCUUCCACUGGAUGAUGUUGGUCAUGGGACCCACACAGCAAGCACAGCAGCUGGAAGAUCUGUCCAAGGUGCCAAUGUCUAUGGCAAUGCUAAGGGUACAGCAGUUGGCAUGGCACCGGAUGCACACUUGGCAAUUUACAAGGUCUGUAACCUCUUUGGUUGUUCUGAAGGUGCAAUACUAGCUGCAAUGGACACUGCCAUUGAUGAUGGCGUGGAUGUACUUUCUCUCUCCCUUGGGGGACCCUCUGCUCCUUUCUUUGACGACCCUAUUGCACUUGGUGCAUUCAGUGCAAUUCAGAAGGGAAUCUUCGUUAGUUGUUCAGCUGCUAACGGCGGUCCAGGUUAUUAUACUUUGUCUAACGAGGCUCCAUGGAUUCUCACCGUUGGUGCCAGCACCAUUGACAGAAGAAUUGUAGCAACGGCAAAACUUGGCAACGGGGAAGUGUUUAACGGGGAAUCAGUGUAUCAACCCAACAACUUCACGUCCACCUUACUCCCUCUUGUGUAUGCAGGUGCAAAUGGAAACGAGUCAUCUAAAUUUUGUGCCCUAGGAUCCUUAGAGAACGUGGAUGUGAAGGGAAAGGUAGUGUUGUGUGAGGUAGGUGGAUUUGUUAGAAGAAUAGACAAAGGACAAGAAGUUAAGAACGCUGGUGGUGCAGCCAUGAUCCUUAUGAACUCACAAAUUGAAGAGUUCAAUCCCACUGCUGAUGUUCACGUUCUCCCUGCUACACACGUGAGCUACGUUGCUGGGUUAGGCAUAAAAUAUUACAUAAACUCAACAUCAACACCAACAGCAACAAUUUUGUUCCGUGGAACAGUUAUUGGGAAUCCUCUUGCACCCGCAGUUACUUCCUUUUCCUCAAGAGGUCCAAGUUUUGCAAGCCCGGGAAUUCUGAAGCCAGACAUCAUAGGACCAGGACAGAACAUUCUAGCUGCAUGGCCUGUGUCUUUGGACAACAAUGUUCCUCCAUUCAACCUAAUCUCAGGCACCUCAAUGUCAUGCCCUCAUCUAAGUGGCAUUGCAGCUUUGCUUAAAAACUCUCAUCCAGAUUGGUCUCCUGCUGCAAUAAAAUCAGCAAUCAUGACCACUGCUAACACAGUGAAUCUUGGAGGCAAACCCAUAUUGGACCAAAGGCUUCUAACUGCUGACAUAUUUGCCACAGGUGCUGGACAUGUUAACCCUUUGAAGGCCAAUGAUCCAGGGCUUGUUUAUGAUAUUCAACCAAAUGAUUACAUUCCCUAUUUGUGUGGUUUGAACUACACUGACAAAGAAGUUGGACUGAUUUUGAACCAGAAGGUGAAAUGCUCGGAGGUAAAAAGCAUAAAGCAAGCGCAACUCAACUAUCCCUCGUUUUCUAUUCUGUUGGGAUCAACUUCACUGUUCUACACGAGAACGCUCACAAAUGUUGGACCUGCCAACAUAACCUACUCUGUGGAAGUUAAUGCUCCUUUGGCAGUGGGAAUGAGCAUAAGCCCUAGUCACAUAACAUUCACGGAGGUGAAGCAGAAGGUUACAUACGCGGUUGGAUUUUACCCUGAAGACAAAAAGAAUAGAGGGAAUAACUCGUUUGCUCAGGGGUCUAUCAGGUGGGUAUCUAGCAAUUACUCUGUUAGCAUCCCUAUAGCUGUCAUCUUCAAGUGAAAUUUUGGACAAGUUAGAGCAUCAUGUUAUUUUGUAUUAAAGGAAUAAAGAUUAGAAUCAUAACUCUCCAAAGAUGCAGUGCAAUAGCAUCUGAGAGCUUAUUUCACUUUGUUAAAUGUUGAUUUCAACUGUAACUCUUUUAAUAAUAUGAAAUUAUUGGUUAUGGGAUUCA